GCAAAUUUUACAUACCUAACCGUACGUACUGACGUUUUACUUAUUUACACACGUACUUACAAGCUAGUACAGUACAUGCGUGCGCAGUUCACACUUCUGUAGUUGCACACACUCGACAGGGAAUCGUUCUACGUGUUCUAAUUAUUUGCGAUCACUCGAUCAUGUUCUGGUGUGCCGUCCUGGUGUUUGCGGGGACAGCAACUGUUUCUCAAUCUGCUAGGAACUUCACGUUGGUCACUUUCAACACUGGUCUGACGCCAUCAAACCUUGUUCCAUUCUACCAAGAGAGAAGAGACGCAUUGAAGACUCAUCUUGCUACGUCGUCUAUCAGUGCUGAUGUCCUUUGUUUGCAAGAGUUGUUUAGAGACAAAGAUAUAACAGAUUUGGUCGACGCUACUCGUCAUCAAUUUCCCUACCACUACCGCGCCAGUUCAGGAGACCGUCAGAAUCCUUCUAAUCCUCCUUGUUCACAAAGCGCAUUGGGCGCUGCAUUCGGUGGGUGUCUAACUGUCAACUGCAGCACUGCAUUGGCUCGAGGAUUCCUAAGCUUUCUGGCUUGUGCAUUCACCACGUGCUAUUCUGAUGUGUCUUCGUUUGGCCAGGAGUGCGUUAAUUGUAUAACUAACCAAAACCCUCAAUCAUCCUCAAGUAUUAGGAUUUUGUGUUUUUCAUUGAUUUUAUUAACGAAUAAUAAUCUUGUGUUACAGACAUAGCCACGCUACUUCUGAGUGGAUGCGCUGUUCCGUCAAAUGAGACAUAUUUGGACAAUCACGGGUUGCUACUGUUGAGCAAAAUUCCGUUGAGUAAUACAGUGGUGCGCAGGUAUCAUCCGGGGGUCGUCGAGCCCAUUACGAGGGGAUACCUAGCAGCAGACAUUGAAGAAUUGGGCACUGUUACUUGUACACAUCUCAGUACUCAAGGUGGUUUACCAUAUUAUGUUGGUCCCCCACAGUUCAAUAACUUUGAAGAUCUUCAAGAAAAUGAAACAAUGCAACUCCUACAGACAUAUCCUGCCACAUCAGAUAAACAUUCGAUUCUAUUAGGAGACUUCAAUCAAGGACCAGCCGUUUUUAGUGUUUUGGCCAACAGGAAUUUGUCUGGGCAGUACGAAUCAAAUUAUUGGAAAGUUAUCAAUUCAGGAUAUAUAUCAGCAUAUGUCGAUGACGUUACAUUGUGUACGUCCUGCGGAGAAAACGGUCUUAGGAAUCUUACUGGAUCAUCUGACUCAAAGAUUCUUGAUCAUAUAUAUGUACGAAAUGGAAGUAGAACAAGAGUUUCUAAUGUGCAGCGAAUUUGGGACAGUGAAUCUGCUGUCGGAUCCUGGCCUUUAUCUGAUCACUAUGGCGUUCAACUGACCUACCUUGGUGAUGAAGUAGAUGUUACCACCCAGACAGACCUAACCACUAAAACGAUGAAACCAACUAACGAAACACAAAUAAGCUCUGCAAUGACUUCCGUCGCCUUCUGCUUAUGCAAUAUCUUUUUCAUCUCUUUUCUCGUACUCUUCUAGUGGCAGAAAUGGAUUCAGAAAGCAGUUGUUAUUGCGAUACAUUGAAACAAGUUGCAAUUGGUAAUGUGGGCGUACGUUUUUGUUGUCUGAUAGUUGCGUUUGUUAAUGCCAUCAGAUUACAUCCAGUUUUAGUAAUGUACACGUGCUUGUUUUGUGCAAUUUUUCACGCGUAUACUGAUGGCUUGAUAAGAAAAAUCUAAGUGAUCUUUGUAAGCUGUAUUUUUGUCUUCUUUACAUUGGUUAUGUUCUGAAAU